AUGAAGCGGAUCCUGGAGGGCGAGGGCUCCUCCGUCUCCUCUGAUCCGCGCCUGCCGCCCAAGUGCGGGGAAAUGGGCUUUGAGAACGCCACGGACAAGCGGUGGGGCAUGGCUGGUAAGUUUCACUCGCGGAGACGGGCUCUUGCCUUGGGAUCGGGGCCGCUGGGAAUGCCUUUACCCCUUUAGCGUGCGAAAGGGCUCCAGUAGGUCACCCUCCGAGCUGGCUUUUGUGUGAUCUCGAUCCCCGCACCCAAACCCGGGGGAGCAAACGAGUUAACCGGAUUGAGAGACGGGCAUCCGUUUGGGUCGAGCAUCCGUUUCCCUGCUGCCUUCUCUGUCCGGUAGGAACCACUGGGGCGCCACGGGGUCCUCCAGCGACCUCUGCUCCGGAGCAAGGACACUCCGGGUACUACUUAAGGAACACUGAGAAGGGGCAAG